AUGGAAACAAAAUCAAUUCCAGAAGUUGUGCUUAAUUCAGGCCACAAAAUGCCAAUGCUAGGGUUUGGCACUGGAACAGUACCUUUACCACCACAUCAUGAACUCAUUCCAGCAUUCAUCAAUGCAAUAAAAGUUGGCUAUAGACAUUUUGAUACUGCAGCUUAUUAUGGUUCAGAGGAAUCUCUUGGUCAAGCCAUAGCACAAGCAUUAGAACAAGUGAGGUUGAGACAAGGGGUAAAAGCGAUCAACUACACCAAUGAAGACAUUCUUCCUUUUGAUAUGAAAGGGACAUGGAAAGAUAUGGAACAAUGUGCUAAUCUGGGCUUGGCUAAGUCUAUUGGUCUUAGCAAUUUUGGUGUGAAAAAAAUUUCAGAAAUUCUAGAAUAUGCAACUAUUCCUCCUGCUCUUGUCCAGGUGGAAAUGAAUGCAGCAUGGCAUCAAGAAUAUCUGAGAAAGUUCUGCAAAGAGAAAGGGAUUCAUGUGAGUGCAUGGUCCCCUUUGGGUGCUAAUGGAGCACCGUGGGGUUCACUUGCUGUUAUGGACAAUCCAAUAAUAAAAGACAUUGCAAUCUCAUCAGGAAAAGCUAUAGCUCAGGUUGCAUUAAGAUGGCUAAUAGAGCAAGGUGCUACUCCAAUUGUGAAGAGCUUCAACAAGGAGAGAAUGAAAAAAAAUAUUGAACUAUUUGAUUGGGAGCUAAGUGAGGUUGAUUUGGAGAAGAUUAAACAAGUAUCACAAUGCAGGGGUUUUAAAGGAGAACGUUUUAUCACUGAAAAUGGACCUUACAAAACUACUGAAGAUCUUUUUGACUGA